AUGAGGGGCCAGGCCGCCGCCCCGGGUGCCCUCUGGAUUCUUGGGCCACUGCUGCUGCUGCUGCUGGGGCGCCAGGUGGGCACAGCCGCGGGCACGGCCGCUGGGCCUGGGGCCGAGCCCUGUGCCACGCUGGUGCAGGGCAAGUUCUUCGGCUACUUCUCGGCGGCCGCGGUGUUCCCGGCCAACGCCUCGCGCUGCUCCUGGACCCUGCGCAACCCGGACCCGCGCCGCUAUACACUCUACAUGAAGGUAGCCAAGGCGCCCGCCUGCAGCGGCCCUGCCCGCGUCCGCACCUACCAGUUCGACUCCUUCCUGGAGUCCACACGCACCUACCUGGGCGUGGAGAGCUUCGACGAGGUGCUGCGGCUCUGCGACCCCUCGGCACCCCUGGCCUUCCUGCAGGCCAGCAAGCAGUUUCUGCAGAUGCAGCGCCUGCGGCCGCCCCAGGACAACACCCUGGGGCCCCGGGACGGGUCUUCCGGGCCCAGUGACGACUUCUCCGUGGAGUAUCUGGUGGUGGGCAACCGCAACCCCAGCCGGGCCGCCUGCCAGAUGCUAUGCCGCUGGCUGGAUGCCUGUCUGGCCGGCAGCCGCAGCUCACACCCGUGCGGCAUCAUGCAGACCCCCUGCGCCUGCCUGGGCGGGGACACCGGCGACCCUGCCUCCGGCUCCCUGGCCCCCCGUGGGGACGUCUGCCUGAGGGACGGCGUGGCUGGUGGCCCUGAGAACUGCCUCACCAGCCUGACCCAGGACCGGGGUGGGGCCGGCGCUCCAGGCGGCUGGAAGUUAUGGUCCCUAUGGGGCGAAUGCACGCGGGACUGCGGCGGAGGCCUGCAGACGCGGACGCGCACCUGCCUGCCCGCGCCGGGUAUCGAGGGCGGCGGCUGCGAAGGGGUGCUGGAGGAGGGCCGCCUGUGCAACCGCAAGGCCUGCGGCUCCGCUGGGCGCACCAACUCCAGGAGCCAGUCCCUGCGGUCCACAGAUGCCCGGCGGCGUGAGGAGCUAGGGGACGACCUGCAGCACUUUGGGUUCCCGGCCCCACAGACAGGUGACCCCGCGGCCGAGGAGUGGUCCCCGUGGAGCGUGUGCUCCAGCACCUGCGGCGAGGGCUGGCAGACCCGCACGCGCUUCUGCGUGUCGUCCUCCUACAGCACGCAGUGCAGCGGGCCCCUGCGGGAGCAGCGGCUCUGCAACAACUCGGCCGUGUGUCCAGUGCAUGGCGCCUGGGACGAGUGGUCGCCUUGGAGCCUGUGCUCCAGCACCUGCGGUCGCGGCUUCCGGGACCGCACGCGCACCUGCAGACCGCCCCAGUUUGGAGGCAACCCCUGCGAGGGCCCGGAAAAGCAAACCAAGUUCUGCAACAUCGCUCUGUGCCCGGGCCGGGCAGUGGAUGGAAACUGGAACGAGUGGUCCAGCUGGAGCGCGUGCUCCGCCAGCUGCUCCCAGGGCCGGCAGCAGCGCACACGCGAGUGCAACGGGCCUUCGUACGGGGGUGCCGAGUGCCAGGGCCACUGGGUAGAGACGCGAGACUGCUUCCUGCAGCAGUGUCCAGUGGAUGGGAAGUGGCAGGCCUGGGCAUCAUGGGGCGGCUGCAGCGUCACAUGCGGGGGUGGCACGCAGCGGCGGGAGCGCGCCUGCUUGGGGCCCUUCUUCGGGGGAGCGGCCUGCCAGGGCCCCCAGGAUGAAUACCGGCAGUGUGGCGCCCAGCGGUGUCCCGAGCCCCAUGAGAUCUGUGAUGAGGACAACUUUGGAGCUGUGGUCUGGAAAGAGACCCCAGCCGGAGAGGUGGCUGCGGUCCGGUGUCCCCGCAAUGCCACAGGCCUCAUCCUGAGACGCUGUGAGCUGGAUGAAGAGGGCAUCGCCUACUGGGAGCCCCCCACCUACAUCCGCUGUGUGUCCAUUGACUACCGGAACAUCCAGAUGAUGACCCGGGAGCACCUGGCAAAGGCGCAGCGUGGGCUGCCCGGGGAGGGGGUCUCCGAGGUCAUCCAGACCCUGGUGGAGAUCUCCCAGGACGGGACCAGCUACAGCGGGGACCUGCUGUCCACCAUCGACGUCCUGAGGAACAUGACAGAGAUCUUCCGCCGGGCGUACUACAGCCCGACCCCUGGGGAUGUGCAGAACUUUGUCCAGAUCAUCAGCAACUUGCUGGCCGAGGAGAACCGGGACAAGUGGGAGGAGGCGCAGCUGAUGGGCCCCAAUGCCAAGGAGCUCUUCCGGCUAGUGGAGGACUUCGUGGACGUCAUCGGCUUCCGCAUGAAAGACUUGCGGGAUGCGUACCAGGUGACAGACAACCUGGUCCUCAGCAUCCACAAGCUCCCAGCCAGCGGAGCCACCGACAUCAGCUUCCCCAUGAAGGGCUGGCGGGCCACAGGCGACUGGGCCAAGGUGCCAGAGGACAGGGUCACUGUGUCCAAGAGCGUCUUCUCCACAGGGCUGGCAGAGGCUGAUGACUCGUCUGUGUUCGUGGUGGGCACCGUGCUUUACCGCAACCUGGGCAGCUUCCUGGCCCUGCAGAGGAACACGACUGUCCUGAACUCCAAGGUCAUCUCGGUGACCGUGAAGCCCCCGCCUCGCUCCCUGCUCACACCCUUGGAGAUCGAGUUCGCCCACAUGUAUAACGGCACCACCAACCAGACCUGCAUCCUGUGGGAUGAGACGGACGCUCCAUCAAACCCCAGGCCCCCUGAGGUCGGGCCCUGGUCGUGGCGCGGCUGCCGCACGGUGCCCCUCGACGCCCUCCGGACGCGCUGCCUCUGUGACCGGCUCUCCACCUUCGCCAUCUUAGCCCAGCUCAGCGCCGACGCGAACAUGGAGAAGGUGGUAGCGCCGUCGGUGACGCUCAUCGUGGGCUGCGGCGUGUCGUCCCUGACCUUGCUCAUGCUCAUCAUCAUCUACGUCUCCGUGUGGAGGUACAUCCGCUCGGAGCGCUCCGUCAUCCUCAUCAACUUCUGCUUGUCCAUCAUCUCCUCCAACGCGCUCAUCCUCAUCGGGCAGACCCAGACCCGCAACAAGGUGGUGUGCACGCUGGUGGCCGCCUUCCUGCACUUUUUCUUCCUGUCGUCCUUCUGCUGGGUGCUGACCGAGGCCUGGCAGUCCUACAUGGCCGUGACGGGCCGCCUGCGGAACCGCCUUGUCCGCAAACGCUUCCUGUGCCUGGGCUGGGGGCUCCCUGCGCUGGUCGUGGCUAUUUCCGUGGGAUUUACCAAGGCCAGAGGGUACAGCACCAUGAACUACUGCUGGCUCUCCCUGGAGGGGGGACUGCUCUACGCCUUCGUGGGACCGGCCGCGGCCGUCGUGCUGGUGAACAUGGUCAUUGGGAUCCUGGUGUUCAACAAACUCGUGUCCAAGGACGGCAUCACAGACAAGAAGCUGAAGGAGCGGGCAGGGGCCUCGCUGUGGAGCUCCUGCGUGGUGCUGCCGCUGCUGGCGCUGACCUGGAUGUCUGCCGUGCUCGCUGUCACCGACCGCAGGUCCGCCCUCUUCCAGAUCCUCUUCGCCGUCUUCGACUCGCUGGAGGGCUUUGUCAUCGUGAUGGUGCACUGCAUCCUGCGGAGAGAGGUCCAGGACGCUGUGAAGUGCCGCGUGGUGGACCGCCAGGAGGAGGGCAACGGGGACUCGGGCGGCUCCUUCCAGAAUGGCCACGCCCAGCUCAUGACCGACUUUGAGAAGGACGUGGAUCUGGCCUGUAGAUCAGUGCUGAACAAGGACAUCGCAGCCUGUCGCACGGCCACCAUCACGGGCACGCUCAAACGGCCGUCACUGCCAGAGGAGGAGAAGCUGAAGCUGGCCCACUCCAAGGCGCCCUCCAACUUCAACAGCCUGCCAGCCAACGUGUCCAAGCUGCACCUGCACGGCUCGCCCCGCUGCCCCGGCGGGCCCCUGCCCGACUUCCCCAACCACUCGCUGACUCUCAAGAAGGACAGGGUGCCCAAGUCGUCGUUCGUCGGCGACGGGGACAUCUUCAAGAAGCUGGACUCGGAGCUGAGCCGGGCCCAGGAGAAGGCCCUGGACACGAGCUACGUGAUCCUGCCCACGGCCACGGCCACACUGCGGCCCAAGCCCCCAGAGGAGCCCAAGUACAGCAUCCACAUCGACCAGAUGCCCCAGACCCGCCUCAUCCAUCUCAGCAUGGCGCCCGACGCCGGGCUCCCGGCCCGCAGCCCGCCCUCCCGCCAGGCCCCCGGUGGCGGGCCCCCGUCCCCGCCGCCCCAGCAGCCCCUGCCUCCGCCGCCCCCGCUGGAGCCAGCACCCCCCAGCCUGGGGGAGCCUGGGGAGCCCGCUGCCCACCAGGGGCCCAGCACGGGGCCCGGGACAAAGACAGAGAAUGUCUCCACGCUGUCUGUGAGCUCCCUGGAGCGGCGGAAAUCGCGGUAUGCGGAACUGGACUUUGAGAAAAUCAUGCACACACGGAAGCGGCACCAGGACAUGUUCCAGGACCUGAACCGGAAGUUACAGCACGCGGAGAAGGACAAGGACGUGUUGGGCCCAGACAGCAAGCCAGAAAAGCAGCAGACACCCAACAAGCGGCCCUGGGAGAGCCUCCGGAAAGCGCACGGGCCGCCCGCCUGGGUGAAGAAGGAGCUGGAGCCGCUCCCGCCAUCCCCGCUGGAGCUGCGGAGCGUGGAGUGGGAGAAAUCGGGCGCCACCAUCCCGCUGGUGGGCCAGGACAUCAUCGACCUCCAAACCGAGGUCUGAGCGGGCGGGCGGCGG